AUGGAUCCCGACUGCGCAAUAUGCGGUGCGCCGGCCAGCUUCGCCUGCGAAUGCGAGGCCCAACGUCUCGAGCUGGCCAUAUCACAGGCCGAAAAGCAGAUGAUGCAGUCCAUAUAUGAUGAUAUCAAAACAUGGGUUCGCGAACACGCACGCGACUACAUUCUCGACUACUUUGCGCUUCUCAAAGAAAGACGACUCAAGGCCCACGACCAAAACAUGGACCGCAUCAAGCGGCUUGCAUACCACUACCACACACAACCGCACCCCGGCGAAAUUCAGCAGGCCCAGAUGGCCUUCAAGCGCGGUAUUGACGAGGAUUGGCAGUCGUCCGUCCAGCGCUACCCAGAGGUGCUCGGGUACUACUACAGCUUGGUCAACCUUACCCUGCCAUCCGACGACGAUCCCAUGGUGCGUGACCCGCCGCUCAGCGCUCUGUCCGGAACCCGAAAAUCCGGCCGCCGAACCGCCGCGCCUGCCACAGUCGCCAGCGGCAUGGAGAGCAUCGGUGCUCCCCCGCCUGUACCCCCUCCGCAGCGCAUCAGCAUGUACGGACACCCAAGAGAGAUCCGCGGACGGACCCCGCCACCACCGCCGGCUUCGGAGCGCAUGGCGCCUAGGACGCCCGUGCCCAUACCACGCUCCGCCUUCCGACAGCCACCGCCCUCUUACAUGCCCCAUUACUAA